AUGGGUGUCCGUCCCUUGAUCCGAAGAACCCGUACGGUCUUCCGCCACAUGGUGGCCAGGGAGUCCGAGCAGGCCGACAAUGACUUUAUUGAGCAGAACGCAAAACAAAAUGUGAAUAUCCAAAGAGGUUCGGAUACGAACAAUGACUGCCUCUCAAGGCAUAGUGGCUCGGAGUCUUAUGAGAUGCCCGAUGCAAAUGCUCAACAUGGAGUUCAAGACGUCGAGGCCGUCACAACUACUUGGUCGAGGCGCACGUUGGUCGCAGUUUUCAUCAACAUCUGGUUCUUGUAUUUUGUGAAUGCAUUCCAAGCCACGGUAACCUCCAGCCUCAACCCCUAUGUGACCAGUUCCUUCAAGGCACACUCACUCUCCGCGGUGCCUACUGCAUUGGGGGAUGCCUUUGCCGCUGCAACUUACCUUCCAAUGGCCAAGAUGAUGGAUGUGUGGGGUCGUGCGGAGGGGUUCCUUUUCAUGGUGAUCUGCCUGACCAUAGGGUUAGUUCUCAUGGCUUCCUGCGACAGCUUCGAGGUUUACUGCGCUGCGAAUAUUUUCUAUUAUUCGGGCUUCUAUGGCAUGGAAUACGCAAUCGACGUUGUGACCGCAGAUGCCUCGACCUUGAAAAAUCGUGCCUUCGCGUAUGCACUCACCUCAUCUCCAUAUAUCAUCACAGCCUUUGCUGGACCGAAGGUAGCGAACGAGUUCUAUUAUCAAGUUACUUGGCGGUGGGGCUUUGGUACUUGGGCGAUUAUGACACCUUUGGCGGCUAUCCCAUUAUACACUAUGCUCAAGUAUAAUUUAUACAAGGCAGAAAAAGAAGGCCACCGGAUCAAAAGACCCAGCGGUCGCACAGUCCUGGAAAGCAUUUGGUACUGGACUGUUCAGGUUGAUUUGUUUGGGGUGUUCGUGUUCACUGCUGGUCUGGUGUUAUUCGAGCUUCCUUUCGACAUUGCUGACUACGCACCUCAAGGCUGGGCUUCCGCUUAUAUCAUCGCCAUGCUUGUUCUGGGUUUCUCUAUGCUCUUCGUCUUUGCUUUCUGGGAACGAUGGCUAGCUCCCGUGCCGCUCUUUGACUGGCGCCUACUAACCCAUCGUACUAUUAUUGGUGCGGUUCUCUUGGACGCAACUUAUCAGCUCUCAAAUUAUUGCUGGAGCUACUAUUUCACAUCCUGGCUACAAGUAAACAAUGACCUGACCAUUACUACCGCGAAUUAUAUCAGCAACAUCUUUGACAUGGUCUCUGGGGUACUCCUGCUACUUGUUGGUUGGAUUAUCCGAAGAGUUGGCCGGUACAAAUGGACCCUCUAUAUUGCCGUCCCACUCUAUAUCUUCACUCAGGGGUUAAUGAUCCACUUCCGACAGCCUAACAUGAAUGUUGGCUAUCAGGUGAUGUGUCAGAUUUUCCUUGCUAUCGGCGGCUCUAUCUUCAUCCUUAUUGAACAGCUCUCUAUCCUGGCUGCUGUUGAUCAUCAACAUGUUGCCACUGCUUUAGCCUUAUUGAACGUCGCUGGCACCAUUGGUGACAGUGCUGGUCUCACAAUCAGCACUGUCAUUUGGCAAAACACGUAUAUAAAGGCUCUUCUACGGUAUCUUCCAGAAUCAGCCAUGUCAAACCUGGACAAUAUUUACGAGGAUCUGGUUACACAGUGUUCAUAUCCUAUAGGAAGUGCAACUAGACUUGCUAUUCAAAAGGCGUACGCCUAUGCAGAGCUGAGGUUACUUGCAGUAGGAUGUGGCAUCAUGGUUUUGGCAAUUCCAUGGACCAUCCUCAUCAAAGAUGUUGAUCUGAAGAGGAAACGGCAGGUGAAAGGAACGGUUUUCUAA